CGGGGUGACUUGUGCCUGCCCAACAAGGCGACGACGGCUGGUUGCCGGUGGUCCAUCUCGGCCAUGACGACCAGCUCUACGCGCUAAUAAACAUCAACAACGCUCUCUACACCAUGAGCCUGGCGCUGCUGUCCAAGCCGCGCGGGUUCGCCCUCUCCGCCCCGGGGAACAGGAAGCUCAGCAUACCGCGCAUCUCGCUGCGCAACGCCUUCGUGCCCUCUGACGGCCGCGUCGGGCUCUUCAUCCUCACGCGCGCGUCGGCAUCCCGGCGGCCAUCGCGGCGUGGUAUGUGCCGCAUGCCUGGGAGCGCUGACGCCAGGUUCCUCCUCUCUGCGCUGCCGCUCGUGCUCGGCCUGCAAGUCGCCGCGUUCGUGCUCGUUCAGCACUUCCGCCCGCCCGCCGCCGCUGGCCUCGACCGCAUCCUCCUCCACCUCUACCAGCUCCUCUUUGGCGUGCUUGUCGUCCUCGGCGCCGUGGUGGCCGGCAUGGAGCCGCAAGCGGCGAUGGGGGCGGCGAUCUGCGGGCUCGUCCUGGCCAUCCGCGACGCCGACGAGGGGGCAGAUGGCGCCGACGACAAGGAAGAAGCAGAAGAUCGCGAUGCCGUGCCGCCACGCACCGGCCUCGCGACGCGCCUCGUCUUCACACGCGCCCCGUCCGACACGUAUGCGAGCCACGAGCCCGCCGCCGAGGAGGUCUGA